AUGCUUGCCGACGAAGGGCUGCUGAUCCACGUGAGCUCUUCGCCUCCCCCCGGCUCCGCGGGGCCAAGGAGAUCCGCAGAGGCUCAGCGGGGCAAGGGAAAGCAGCAGCUGAAAAGAAGAUCGCAGUGGCCGGAGGAAGGCACGCCCGCAAAGCGGAAGUCACGCUUGUCUUCGCCCCAAGCCAAGAAACGGGCGACGGACCCUUCAAGGGGCAUCAAGGGAGCGGGCCCACCAAAGCCUCCUCCUAAGAAGGCCUUGACUGAGGGGAAAGUCAGCAAUGUGAGCAGCGGCAGGCCGUUGGUGAAGACUUCCUCUCUCUUCAGAAACAACCCUGAAAUCCCAGACCUUCAGAGGACUUCAGUGGAACAAGUGCAGGAAAGAGUUUUCACUUCCGAUUCUUUCGAUCAGCUUGGCCUCCAUCCCCACUUGGUUUCAACCAUAACAUCUGUUUUGGGAAUGUCUAGUAUGACCAGUGUUCAGAAGCAGACCAUUCCCGUGCUGAUGCAAGGCAAAGACGCUCUGGUGAGAUCGCAGACUGGUUCCGGUAAAACACUUGCUUAUGGGAUCCCUCUUAUUCAAUCCUUGCAAAGAAUGGAGCCAAAAAUAAAGCGUAGUGAUGGGCCUUACGCCGUUGUCCUGGUCCCAACCCGAGAACUGGCCCUCCAGAGCUUUCAGACUAUCCAGAAACUGCUGAAGCCCUUUACCUGGAUUGUGCCCGGCGUGCUGAUGGGAGGAGAAAAGAAGAAAUCGGAAAAGGCCAGGCUGCGCAAAGGAAUCAAUAUACUGAUUGCCACUCCUGGUCGCCUGGUGGAUCACAUCAAGUCCACUAAAUGCAUUCAUUUCCACCAGAUCCGGUGGCUGAUCCUGGACGAGGCCGAUAGGAUCCUGGACCAGGGUUUUGAGAAGGCUGUUGCUGCGAUCCUGAAUGCUGUCAACGCGGACAAUGAGAAGCGACAGAACGUGUUGCUGUCAGCCACGCUUACGGACGGAGUUGCGAGAUUAGCCAAUAUCAGCUUGCACGAUCCAGCCUGCAUCUCCGUCGUGGAAGAAUCGGGGGGCUCGAGUGCUCCCGAGGCAAAAGCGUGCCUAGCGGAGGCUGUUGGGGCCCCUCCCGCAAGGGUGGAAGGUGACGGUUUUGCCGUGCCGGAACAACUGCAGCAGCAUGUCACGGUGGUCCCAAGCAAACUGCGGCUUGUGACGCUGGCCGCAUUCAUCCUCGGGAAGUGCAAGUUUGAAAAACGCAACAAGGUGAUCAUCUUUUUCUCCAGCUGUGAGCAGGUGGAGUUUCAUCACAUGCUCUUCCGCAAAGUCCUGGCCGAGGGACAGGAGGUGGAAGGCUUGGAGCCUCCUCUCUUUCCCCCUUCCCCUGUGACGUUCCAGCGUCUGCACGGUGACAUGAAGCAAGAGGAGAGGACAAUUAUCUUCCAGGACUUCCUGCAAUCAAAGGCUGGUGUUUUACUCUGCACUGAUGUUGCAGCUCGAGGACUAGACCUCCCACAGGUCACCUGGAUCGUUCAGUAUAAUCCUCCAGCUUCGCUUGCCGAAUACAUCCACCGAAUUGGGAGGACGGCUCGGAUUGGCAGCCGCGGGAACAGCCUGCUCAUCCUCGCUCCUUCAGAGGCGGAAUAUGUCAGCGUGCUGGCUUCUCAAAAGAUUAAUGUUUUGGAAAUGAAGAUGGAGACCAUCCUGUCCUGCCUGAUGAAGGAUAAUCGUUUUGUGGGAAGCCGAGGGGGAAAUAAGAAGUUCCACGGCAGAGACCCUCAGGAAGUCCGGCGCAGAGCCACUGUCCUGCAGACUGAAUUUGAGAAUUUUGUGCACUCCAACAUGGGAACUGUCCAGCGAGCCAAAAAAGCUUUGCAGUCCUUCAUUCGGUCAUACGCAACAUACCCCGCCAGUCUCAAGCACAUCUUUCACGUCAAGUCGCUCCAUUUGGGUCACGUGGCAAAGAGCUUUGGGCUCCGGGAUGCCCCCAAGAACCUCAGCGCCUCUACUCUUCCAAAGCAGGGGAAGAACCAAAGGAAGAAAAGGCCUGACCAUCUCAGGAAAUCUCGGAACAACCGCUGUCUGACUGAAAUGCUGCAGUCUGAAUACUCCAGUGGGUUGGACUCUGGCCUAUCCCAGGUCAAGAGGAAGAAAGGACUGAGGCAACUUGGGAAGCCAAAGCCCCAGCACUGAGCUGGCCAUUCUUCACCUCACCUGCAAAAACAGACUCUUGAGAAUCGCUGGGGAUGAAGAACAGCAGAAUGCCCUCUGGGAGGGCCAAAGA